AUCGUCACAACACAGGCCAGUACUGCAUUAUAAUUAUUAUUCCCCUCCUCCAAAAAUCUCAUCCACUCAAACGUUUAAAAAUCCUCUCCUUUUUCAUUAAUCAAUUAUUUUACUACAACACAAAAGCUUCAAACAUAUAUCGUCAUUUACGUAUAUUUUUAGGCUAGGUAUCCCUUUCUCUCACUUUUGCUCGUCUUCAGUAAUACACACACACAUAUAUAGAUAUAUUUAUAUAUAUACAUACACCAUGGCUGCUGUAGUCACUGCUGCUGCAGUGUGUUUUCCAUCGCCGGCGACGUCAUCCAAGCCCUCUGCUACUUUUCUUUCUACCACAAAUUGUUUCCUCUCUUCUGAAAGGAUCACUUUUAAAAAGGUUCCUGUACAUUAUAGAAAAAAUGUGUACUCUGCAGGUGGGAAAUUCAUUGGAAAAUGUUUGCCCCGCCGUGCACCCACAGUUGCUGUUGCUGCUCUUAAUGAAGAUAUUUGGGGAAAGAUCAACGAAGUGAACCAGAAAGGUCCAUAUUUUGGUCUUGUGGUACCAAACAAUUAUGAGAUGAACCCUCUUCUCCAAUCCCCGAAAUUCGUGCUUGAAAAGACUCUUGAUUUUGCUGGGAGAAGAUUUAGGAUCGGAAAAGUGGCAGAUAAAAGCGUUAUUAUAGUCAUGACAGGAUUAGGCAUGUUGAAUGCAGGUGUAACAACACAACUCCUGGCGAGUCUCUUCAACAUCAAGGGCAUUCUUCACCAUGGUAUUGCUGGAAAUGCAAAUCCUGAUUUGCAAAUCGGUGAUGUUACCAUUGCAAAAGAGUGGGCUCAUACGGGCCUCUGGAAUUGGCAGAGAUUUGGAGAUGGACCUGAGAAUGAACUAGCUCUGGAAGCUAAUGGAGACUACACAAGAGAAGUUGGAUACUUAAACAUCUCCGAUUUCAAUAGUAAAAAGGAAGUCGAAAACUCUCUGAACAAGAUUUGGUAUCAACCAGAGGAAAUCUUUCCAAUUGAUGGAACAAUAGAAGAAAGGCAACAUGCCUUUUGGGUUCCUGUAGAUGAAGAGUACUAUUCUCUUGCAAAGAAACUUGAGGUCAGCACUAUAUAUAUGUCUCCCUCCAUAAUUAAUUAGGUCAAUUAAGUAGUAUUCCCUCUGUCUGGAAAUCAUUGUUCAGUUUAGACUUUUAACUAGUAUAAUUUAUAAUAAAAAAAAAUUUAACUAGACAAUAAUUUUGGAACGGAAAGAAUAUAUAUUUGAACUUAAUAAAUUCGAAGAAAUUAAUUUUGCAUUGUUGUUGGAUAUAGGCAAUGGAGCUAGGACCUUCUGAUGGCAUUCCACCGGGUUUAGCAAGAAAAUCUAAAGUGUUUUGCGUGGAGAGAGGGAUUUGUUCGAGCACGUUUCUGGACAACGCGGCAUAUCGGGAAUUCUUGCGUGACAAAUUCAAUCCAACUCCAAUGGACAUGGAAAGUGCUGCGAUUGCACUUGUGAGUUUCCAACAGAGAAUCCCUUUUAUAAUCUUCAGAUCUCUAUCUGAUCUUGCUGGGGGUGGCUCUUCUGAAUCCAAUGAAGCCAUCAAUUAUUCUGAUCUCGCUGUUCAAAAUGCUGUUGAUGUUUUGAUUGCAUUCAUUUCUUCUCUUUAGCUAGCUUGCUAGCCCUAAAAGAUUAGGGCACCCCACCUUUUUCUAUAAGAAUAAGUGUCGUAUGCACGGGUGAUUUGCUUUACGCAAUUUGUGACACGACACGAAGAGUCCGUGUGAAGCAUACUUCAAUAAAUAUUGCCCCUUCAUGAUAAUGAUGAACAUAAAUAUUUUGCGAG